AUGCGGGACGAGCUCGUCGCCGUGUGGCCUCAGUUUGAAGAAGCUCUCGAGCUAAUAUUUCAAAGAUCACCUAUGAAUAUGAAAACUUAUAUGCAGUACACGACAAUGAUCUAUAGAUACUGCACUGAGACCUACCAGCUCGGAUUCCGCGCUGGUGAUAACGUGAUGGAUCGUGUCCAGGAGGACUUGAUCUCAGUUCGAGAAUUCAUUGCGGUCAAGGUCGACGUCGUGACCAAAAAUUGCCAAAAAUCGGAUGGUCAAGAUCUGCUAAAAUAUCUAAACAACGAAUGGGAACUCUUCGAGAUUUCAUCAUCCCUUUUUGAUGCAGUCUUCGGGAAUUUCAAUCGCCACUCCAUCGAAGUAAAUACUGGGAAAACGGACUCUCUCACCAGAAAUUUGUGUAUGGAAGUCUGGAAGGAGAAUUUGUUUGAUGUCUUGGAGGAGAAGAUUAUUGGAGCCGCUUUGCAUCUGAUUCACCAGGAGAGGACCGGGACCUCCAUGAUCAACAAUCGAGACAUCUCGGAUUUUGUGGUUUGUCUCAAGAAGCUUCCAGUCAAGUUUCCAGAAAGCGAUAUCAAGAAGGACAAGACUGAAGAUCAGAAAUUGAAAUUUUACAAAGAAUCCUUUGAAAGUUUGUUCCUGAAAACCACCGAAGAGUUUUACAAGAAAGAAGUCGAAGAUUUUAUGAAAAAUAACGGAGACGUCAAGGAUUACAUGAAGAAUGUAGAAAUGCGACUGACAGAGGAAGACGUUCGAGUCCAAUUGGUUCUAUUUGGAUGCACAAGAAGACCGCUGUUGGAUUGCUUGGAGAAAAUAAUGAUCAUCGAUCAAAUCGACUUUAUUCAAAGUCAUUUUGGACAACUGUUAGACGAGAAAAGUGACGAGGAUCUCUCCAGAAUGUUCCGAUUGUGCUCCAGAAUCCGUGAUGGUCUGGUAUUCCUCCGUACGGUACUGGAGAGUCAUGUAGUCAAGGAGGGACUCGGAACGCUGGAAAGAGUUGCCGAGGAGGCGUUCAAUGACCCGAAGAUCUACGUGAGCAAGCUUCUCGAGGUUCAUGGAAGGUAUUCUUCUCUCAUCAGAGCGUCGUUCUUCACAGAUUCCACAUUUUUGAAAGCGCUGGACAACGCUGCUAUCAAUUUUAUCAACAAGAACGCAGUCACAAUGAAUGGUCGACAGCAUUCAACGUUCAAAUCAGCUGAAUUGAUUGCGCGGUACUGUGAUCUGCAGUUCAGGAAGAAUACGAAGAUGCCGGAUGAGAUUGAAAUGGAAAAGAUGCAGAAGCAAGUGAUCAUCAUCCUCCGCUAUCUCGAAGACAAGGACGUCUUCUUGAAGAUUUACACCAGAAUCUUCUCCAAACGUCUCAUCAAUGAGCUCUCUGCAUCAGAUGAAGCCGAGACCAGCUUCAUCGCAAAACUCACGGCGCUCUGUGGAUAUGAGUACACAUCCCGCCUGUCCAAAAUGUUCCAGGACAUCCAAGUCUCAAGGGAUCUCUCCAUGGAAUUUAAGGAGAAAUCCAGCACCAAUAAUUCUAUCGACUUCAAUGCUCAAAUUCUAAGCAGUGGAUCGUGGUCAAGAUUCCCGGAAUUCUCUCUGAUGCUGCCACAACCGUUGUACUCAACGAUAGGGGCCUUCAUAAUGUAUUAUAACUCCAAACAUAAUGGACGUCGUCUCACAUGGGCGUACCCACAAUCCCGUGGAGAGGUCACGGCGUUCAUGGGAAAGAAAUAUGUGUUUACUGUUACGACUCCCCAAAUGUGUGCCCUGCUCCUGUUUAACAAUCGGACCUCCUACUCGGUCUACUCAAUCAAGGAGGCCACCGAAAUGAGUAAGGACCACACGUUGACAAUCAUCGGCUCACUGGUCAAAACUCAUGUGUUGAAGUCGAAUAAGGAGCUGGUGAAAGACGCGGUCCCUUUCGAUGCCACCAUCACACUGAACGCCGCCUACACCAACAAGAAAGUGAGAGUGGACUUGUCAAGAAUGCCAAUGAAGGCGAAUUCCGAAAAGGUGGCGGAGGAAUCGACACACCUGUUGGAUUUGGAAAGGAAACACGUUGUUGAGGCAUGUAUCGUCCGCAUCAUGAAAAUGCGAAAACAAAUGAUGCACCAGGACUUGGUGAGCGAGGUCGUCACCCAACUCACCAGCCGCUUCCAGCCGAAAGUUGGACUAAUCAAGAAGUCUAUCGGAACGCUCAUAGAAAAGGAAUACCUCAAGCGAUCCGAUAAGAAAUACGAUCUCUAUGAAUAUCUUGUGUGA